AUGUUCUAUUCUUUUUUUCUUUCUUUCUUUCUUAUUAUCAUUUUCCCUUUCUUUUUUCUCAUUUUCUAUUCUUUCUUUCUUUCUUUCUUUCUUUCUUUCUUUCUUUCUUUCUUUCUUUCUACUAGUGUUUUUACUUCAAUCAUCUAUCUAUCUAUCUAUCUAUCUGCUAGUGAUUGUUCAUAUCUAUCUAUCUAUCUAUCUAUCUAUCUAUCUAUCUAUCUAUCUAUUUAUAAUAUCUGGGUGGAAUUUGUGUAUCUAUCUAUCUAUCUAUCUAUCUAUCUAUCUAUCUAUCUAUCUAUCUAUAUAUAUAUAUACUCUCAGGAAAGAUUUGAAUUCUCUUCUUCUCCCUCCAGCUAUGGGAAAAAGAAUUUUACUCUCACUCUAUCUAUCUAUCUAUCUAUCUAUCUAUCUAUCUAUAUAUAUAUAUAUAGUGGAGCCUCGUCUCCUCUUCUCUAUCUGCUUUCAUUGAAAUCGCAAAGCUUAUCUGUUUUAUUUGGUCGCUAUCUUCGGGGUUUCUUUAUCUUUUUCUUUCUUCUUUCUUUCAAUAUUUUACACAUUUCUUUUGCGUAUUUUAUUUCGCUCUUCACCUCCUUUAUUUUUUCCCCCUCCAAUUUUACAACUUCUUCUUUACAUAUUAAAUGUUUCUAUCUAUCUAUCUAUCUAUCUAUCUAUCUAUCUAUCUAUCUAUCUUCUUAUUUAAUAAUUUUGUUUGGGAGAAUUGAAGAUUUGUUUCGUCUUCUUUCUUUUCUCUUUCAUCAUUGA